UUCCCGAGACAGUCACACCACAAAUCACAGCCCAUAUAUUUAAUGAAGUGCAGAGAUACUUUGUAUCAAUAAAGCUGACAGAAGCCCUUGACUUUUGCCAUACAACGUAUGUUAACGGAAAACAUGGGAACUGUUCAAGGACACAAUGUACAUCCAUUAAUUAUCGAGAUAAACUGAAAAGAACAGAUGCUUUUUAUAAUUGUUCAUCUACAUCACUUGGCGACCGAAUUCCCCAUGUUAUGAAAAUUGAAAAGGGACUAAAUGACACAUGUCCAAGUCUUUCGGUAUACAAGGAGACAACAAUGUUUGAUUAUGAAAUCAUGGAGAACGAGAAGGUGGAAGAUGGAGUUUGCUUUGCUACAGUUUCCGGGUUCGAAAAUGUCACAAAUGGGACAGUUUGCCUCAGGGACGAUUACGGGGUGGUAAGAUGCAUGUCUUGCUUAACUGGCUGUAAUCAUAAGAAAGCAAGUGAACAGGCUCGCUCUAUAGUGUCUGCUGGAUACGCCAACUGCUACUGUUUCACGGACAGCGGCGAGAAGAUCCACAUCAUCAAGAAGCGGCCGGUACCCAAGAGUGGUUCCCUUGCAAAGGCUGCGGGAUAUGGUGCCACCAGCCUUGUUGGCACCUCGGGCAUCGGAACAGCUAUCUUCUUUGUUUUUAAGUUCAAGAACAAACUAUUUUCGAAAACUAAAAAGGUGCAUAUUACAAGUGACCAAAAUCAGGUUGCUUCGGCGGAAAAAUGAAGAAAAGGUUUUCGAUACCAUGUGACUUAUUGAUAAACAUUGACACUUUCCUGAUAGAGGGUUAUGGUGGUUAUUUCUGCUGUUCUUUUCAUUAGCGACUGCAGGUUUCCUUUUUACUGCGUGUUAUUAUUUAUUGUUAUAUCUUAUUACUUUGCACUACUAUAGAUAUUGUAUGAACUAUGGCUGUUGUGUUGUAAACCAUCUAUGCCUGUUGAGGUACAUGCAUGUUAUGAUGUGAUGAACGUAAAUAAAGCUCAUUUGUUUAUUAUUCAAGCUAUAUCUUUGUUUAGAAAAAAAAU